AUGAAGUCUUUAAUUUUUGGUUUUUUGUUUUUAAAAUUAUCAUUAUGCUCAACAUCAGGGUUUGAACUUGACGUUUCCACAAAAUACCAUGACCCAAACGCCGUUGUUACCACAGAGCUCAAAUUAGAGGCAGAAACCAGAGCUGGACCAUCCGUCAAGACAGUUGUGUUGUAUGCUUCCAUGUACGACGAUGGUUUUGACAAGGUUAAAGAUGGCCAAAAGCCAAUCUGGGAACCCGAGACUGGCUUCAAAUCCGACUACGUCAAAGUAUUUUAUAAAGGUCUUGCUCCAGAGGCACUAAAGGUUGGACUUUUAGACAAAAACACUCUCACUUACAAUGCCGAAGACCACUACGCCAGGUUCUACUUGAAAAAAGACCAAGACUGGGCCAAGGUAGAUGCUGACGAAUACUUUGAAUUUUUGGAGAAGAACGAGUACAAAAACCUGGUCCACAAAGAAUUUGAAAAGGACGAAAAGUUCGAAAAACCUGACGACGAAUGUAUAAUACAAGUCGGUAGGAAGUACACUCCAGACGAGGUACAGGCCUUCAAGAAAUUAUCAGACUCUAAAGGGCUCGUUAAAGUCGAUCCUUUAGUCAAACCCUCAGAAUCUGAGGAUACAAACUUGAGAAGAAGGCAAGGAGGCUCGGAUUCAUCGCCUGCUCCAACAGAGCCAGGUUCUCCUGACAAAAAGGGAAGUUCAUUCUUAACAGCGUCCCUUUUACUCCCAAUCGUCCUAUUGUCAUGUACUUUAUUUAAUUAA